CAGAGAGAGAGGGACAGACAGGGGAGGGCAGAUAGGAGAGGACUGUGCGUACUAUGACCCUUUCUGAGUAGGUACUAAUCAUUGCCUCAUUCACUCACUCGGUCUUUCUGAAGAUCUAUAGCAACCGAUUUUGUUUUAAGAGUUUCCUUAAAAGAAGUCUAAUCAUGCGUUUUAAGAAACAUGCCGGUACUCUAGAGCUGGGGGACUGCACCAGGAACCCGGGGUAUCAGGAUACAGAAGGCACUACCCCUGCGUACGACACCACGGACCCCAACCCGGUGGGGAAGCAGGACUCCCCCGCGGUGAGGCUGGACUCGGACGCGGCUGAUGUGUACACGCAGGUCAAACCGUACGCCGGGAUGCCUAAGGAGGUUUUGGUACUGUACUCUUCUCGGGCCCGGUACCGGGUCCCCCGACAGAUCCUGUUCUGGCUGACGAUAGCCUGCACUCUGACGCUGAUAGCGCUCACGGCCACGGUGAUCGCGCUGUCGCCGCGGUGCCUUGCCUGGUGGCAGGCCUCCCCGGUGUACCAGAUCUACCCUCGGUCCUUCAAAGACUCGGACGGUGAUGGAGUGGGAGACCUCAAAGGAAUUCAGAAGCAGCUCCAUCACUUCCAGUAUCUGAACAUCAAGUCUGUGUGGAUCAGUCCUUUCUACCGCUCUCCUAUGAAGGACUUUGGCUAUGAUGUGGAAGAUUUCCGAGCCAUCGACCCACUCUUUGGAACCAUGCAGGACUUUGAAGCGCUCCUGGCUGAAAUGCACAACAAAGGUUUAAAGCUGAUCAUGGAUUUCAUUCCCAAUCAUACCAGUGACCGGCAUCGCUGGUUUAACUUGAGCCGAGCAAGAGAUCCUCACUACAAAGAUUACUAUGUCUGGACUGACUGCAAUGCUACUGCACCAAGGCCUAAUAAUUGGGUGAGUGUGUUUGGUAACUCAUCAUGGACUUAUGAUGAAGUUAGAGGACAAUGCUACCUCCACCAGUUCCUCAAGGAACAACCAGACCUGAACUUCAGAAACCCACAUGUUCGCCAAGAGAUCAUUGAUCUUAUUCGUUUCUGGCUGGGCAAGGGAGUGGAUGGGUUCCGGAUGGAUGCGGUGAAGCACAUCCUGGAGGCUGCACACUUGAGGGAUGAACCACAGGUGGACCCAAAGAAACAACCAGAAUCUAUAACAUCAGAGUGGGACCUCCACCAUGACUACACCACCAGUCAGCUGGGGUUACAUGACCUGCUGAGGGACUGGAGGGCAGAGAUGGACAUCUACAGCCGCGAACCUGGCAAAUACAGGUUCAUGGUGACAGAGUCCUAUGAUUAUCACGAGGUGGACAAAACCAUGAUGUACUAUGGCAGCUCGCUGGUUAAAGAAAGUGACUUCCCCUUUAACUUUUAUCUGCUGGACCUGCCUCAGAACACCAGUGGCCUGUGGAUUCAACAUCUGGUCCACCUCUGGAUGGCCAACAUGCCCAAGGGAAAAUGGCCCAACUGGGUGGUUGGGAACCAUGACAAGCCUCGAAUUGGCUCCAGUGCUGGCCAGACCUAUAUUCGUGUCAUCAACAUGUUGCUGCUGACCCUUCCAGGCACGCCCACCACCUACUACGGCGAGGAGAUCGGCAUGGAGAACAUUAAUGUCACAGACAGUCAGAUCCAGGACCCUGCUGGCAAAUACAACGCAAGUGCCAGUCGGGACCCUCAGCGAUCUCCGAUGCAGUGGAGUAGUGACGUGAAUGCAGGCUUUAACAGCAUAACCAACAUCACCUGGCUGCCUGUACACCCUGACUACAGAAGCGUCAACGUGGAGGUCCAGAAGAAAGAUAAAGGUUCCGUUCUGGCUCAGUACCGUUUCCUGAACACUCUGCGUCAGUCCGAGCUCUCCCUUCACCGUGGGUGGUUCUGCUACAUCCAUGCCGAUGCCAAAGUCUUUUCUUACCUCAGAGAGCUUGACGGGCUCGACCAAGCUUUCCUCAUGGUGCUUAACUUUGGCAAAGAAUCUGCGGUCACAGAUCUCUCCUCUGUUCAUGAGUUACCAGACCAGUUGAAGGUCCUGAUGAGUACAAAACCAGUCAAUGAUGGUAAGGUACUGCAAAAGUCUCGCAUUCUGACAGAAGCAGGAGAGGGUUUGGUGAUUCAGUACUCCUCCUACACUCGCUUUAAUCUCAACCACCCCAAACAGUGCUACAUCUCAGAGAAGGCCUGCUAUCUGGGGGUCAUGGGCAUACUUUACAAAUGCUAGUAUAAACAGACAGCCGUAUUC